GAUCGCGUGAUUUUUUCGUUUGUCUGAAAAGCACCCUUCUCUGAAUCAAGGGUAGCUACCCUUCUAGUGUGGAAUCUGUUCGAAACAGCCUGGAAUGCGACCUGAGGUGAUAUGGCGAUUAUCCGCCCAUUCCCAGGUGAUAUGGAAUUUCAGUUAGAUGCACCUUGUGAUCACUUCUAGUGCCUAGUGCUAGAGCUCAUCAACGCAUGAAACUUGUAGCCAUUAAGCGACUCAUUACACACUCGUCAACGCCUGAAACUGAGCUUCAGACGAAUGGCGAAUCCGAAUCGCAAUCGUGCGGCGAAUCUACACGGCGUACGCUGCCAGUGUCAGCGGCGCGUGCUUCUCGCGAAUGCCCGAGUCUUCAAGCUCCCCUUCAAAGAGUUGUUUUACCUCCUUUUUCGAUGCUUCCUCCUGGCCACUCUUACCGGGACUUACGCCAGCCAUGAUGAUGCUUCCACGAGGCUUCCACGGCAUGACUCAGUAGCCCAACAGCGCCGCCCAUGUCCAUGCCAGUAGCAGCAUCGACGCAAGCGGGCAUGUCGCCAUGCAUGCGAAUGGCAGCAGUCGUAUCACCAUGCAUGCGAAUGGCAGCAGUCGUAUCACCAUGCAUGGCGGCAAUGGCAGCAGCGGUCAUCGGAGGCAGCUGCAGCUGGUGGGGCGUGUGAAGGCCUUUGAAGCCGAUCUACAGUACUACGUGCCUCUGCCCGUCAGGACCCAUCCUGAGAGGACCAAUCUAUUCGUCGAACCUCUUGGCUUCGACCUUAACUUCUCGAGUCAACCGAUUGUGCUGCUGCAGUACCUCGAGCACGACACCCACUGGGGCACGCUCGCCCAAUGCCACGGCGACACGUGUCCCGCUCUAACCAGCUGCGGGCCGAGCUUCCCGAACCUCCGGGCCUGCUGGAACCCGAACCUAGUCGACCCAGACACGGUUUUUCUCGACCCGCCCGUAAACUGCCCGAAAAGAAACAACACUACGAUCAUGGAUGUGCACGCAAGGAAGCAUGCGUCGGAUGGGUAUGAUGAGACGUGUUCCCACCGGGACGACUUCAACCCACGGAACCCCAUGGCGCUGCAGAUGUUUGAGCUCAAGGGCGCGUAUGUCACGGACAAGGGCUACGUGUUCAACCGCACCCACCGAUUCGUGCGCCCCGGAUGUGGCAGGUUUAAUGAGCUGUCCUUUCAGGCGAAGCAGCAGGUGCAUCUGCUGCCCAGGGCGUUCUUCUGGGGCAACUCCUAUGGCUUCAACUUCUACCACUUCAUAGCGGAAACCCUGCCCUUGCUACUCGUGGCUGCGCCGUUGCUGCGUCGCAUCAUGCCCACCACCCCGAUUCUCGCCAGCAGAAUGCAGUGGGAAGUGUACAAGCAGUUCGGGGAGGCCCUUAUAGGGAUCAAGUACGAGGACGUGCGGGUGCUGCCUCUCAUAGCUGACGACCUCUUCUUCGUGGAAACACUCUUUGAGCCUACAGCCCAGACCUGUGGCUCCCCCGCUAAAGCCCUCUGGCAGUCCCUAAGAAGGAGCCACCUGCUGCACCCACGGGGGCUGCCUCUCUUCCGCCCCGACUGGUCCUACCGCCCGCCGCCGCCGCUGACGCCACAGCAGGCGCUGGCGCUGCCAGGGGACUGGGUGGUGGUGGUGGCGAAGCGACCUGCUAAGAAGCGAUCCAUUAGUAACUUCGACGAGGUGGAGCAGGCGGUGGAGAGCACGUUUCCUAGAGAGAGGGUUGUGAAGUUCACUGGCUCGCUGUCCAUGCUGGAAGCUCGCGACUUGUUUCGUCGCACUCGUCUGUUCGUAGCCGGCCAUGGGGCAGCGCUCACCAACCUUAUCUUCAUGCCAGAAAGGGCCUCGGUCCUCGAAAUCAGACCAGAUGGAUGCGCUAAUGCCUGCUACAACCAUCUCUCGUAUGUGUCCUCACUCAUAUACCACCUAGUGUUUAGCCAUGGGGGUUGUACAGAUAGUGUACAAGCAGAUGUUACUAGAAUAUCUCCAGUCCUUCAAGGGAUUAAGGCGAGAUUCGAAAGUGAGGAUGGUGAAGCUGGGAGGUGACGUACGGGGCUUAGAAGCCCCCAUUCUUAGUACCUGUGCUUGGUUUGUUAUGAAGAAGCUUUGAAGUGUAAUUGCUAAAUGCAUUUGGUUUAAGCCUCUUGUUAUCGGACGUGCUUGCUUCAUCUCCGUUAGUAUACG